AUGCGUUGGUUUCGCGGCCACGCCGAGGCGCCAAGACUCUUGAGCCUAAGUCCUCUUCAAGCCGAUGAAGACCUUGACGGAGCAUCUUACCACUUUCAUGCCGCGUCUCAGUACAGAGACAUGUCCCCAGUUCGAUGGGCUCGCCGGAAGUCCUCGAGCUCCGAAUCAGAGAGGAACUGUUACAACGUGCAGACGUCGCAAGUGACGACCGAGCGGAGUCCCACCAAGAAAAACAAGAAAAGAAUCCAAGAGGAACGGCGAAGAGUCUGCGAGAAACGUAAUCCGAUCCUCGACCGUGUGAAAAACACCAGGCUGAGCUUCUUCAAGGACCGUGACUCCGACGAAGAGGACCAAGAAGAUGACGAGGAUCCAGAAAAGAUGCAAUUCCGUUCCAUGUGCGAGUUAAGCCAACACGGCCUGUCCAGGAACGAAUUUCGACGGUCCGUCUGCGAGUCAGACUUGAAGGAGAUCAUAGAAGAAGAGAAGAUACAAGCUAAAAGAAAACGACGCUCCAAGUCUCAGAGCAGGCUACCCUAUAAAAAACAUCAGGAGGAACGUUUCUCUUUUUUGGGUUUUCGUACCUCUGCCCAGAAACCACCUGGAUUACCCAAGAAGGACGUCAUCGAGGAACCAGUCGAUCACCAAGUGGAACACAAAUGGCGCAAAAGCAAAGAGAUCGUUCAGGAUUAUCAUGUCUCCGGUAGGCCUAUGAGCCACGAUCUGGAAGUUCCAGUGGGUUUAGAGGACCAGGCGUACAAGGACGGUUCUCAGUUCGACAGCAUAACACCGUCCAGUUGCCUGGCAGCCAAGUUCCGUGCGAUGCAGGACAGGUACCUGAAGAGCUCGACCAGCAAGCUAAUCGCGAAGAUCUACAAGAAGGACGGCAAGGACCGAGAAAGAAGAAGACUGAGGAGUUUCUCGUACGGUGCUCUGCCUGGCCUCGAGGAACUUCGAACGAAUCCUCUUUACGAGGAACAGGACCAGGACGACAAUGAUUCUGGGAUUCUGGACAACGACUCCGCGACCAGUUCCCUCCUAGACGACAGAUGCAGCAGCAGUGCUUCAGGAUUGUUGAGUGGUAUCAACGAUACAUCGAAUCCUCCGCCACAACUACCACCUAGGAAGCCUUCGUCCUCGAUCGUGGAUGUCGAAAGGACGACACGUUUGUUCUCCAGUUUGGACGUUUAUUGCAGCAGGAACGAGGGCAAGGGUUGCAGACGAGACGUGUCCAGGCUGCACGCGCUCGAAGACACCACGAGUCAGCUGUACCAAGCAGCGAACAGCGAGCUAAUAGAUCGACAGGAUCGAAAGGACAAGCUACCCGACAGGAAGAACGUCGUCACGAGACUGGAGAGUAAAGACUCCUCGGAGAGCUACCAAGGUGGCCAGUUGGCCGUUAUCAGAAACAGGCCAUACAUCACCGAAACGAUGGUAGUGAAGCUUUCCAGGGAGAAUUCUGAUCAGUGUUUAGGGAUUUUCAUAGCCAAGACCGCGGAGUCCAGUCCAGGCUACCUGGUAGCGCAUGUGGUACCUAAUGGACUCGCGGAUAAAGAGGGUACCUUGAGGAUAGGCGAUGAAAUUUUGAUUGUAAACGGGAAAAGACUUCGGGGAUUGAAUAUGGCGGAGGCUAGAAAAAUCCUUGGCAGUGGUAGCGGGCCUGGGGAAGUGGAUAUUGUUGUCUCCAGGUAUUCUGCUUUAGACCAAUCUCCUAAGAAGCUAACCGAGAGCAGUGUUGAUUAUGAGAACGUGAAUAUGGAGAAUGGACAUGGGAUUAUCGUCGAGAACUCACCCAGAUCCCACUUCAGGAAACACCAAACCAGACAUCAUCGUGAUAGAAGAAGCGAUUGCAAUAGGUCCAUUUCAUCGGAGAAAUCGGUUAUGAAUGUGGAUAACAGCGGAUCGCAGAGUGUUUCGAAUUUUUGUACUCUGCCCAGGAGACCCAGGAACACUGUUUCGACGUUCCUGACGGUUGUCUUUCAGAAAGGCCCCGGAAAGAAGUCACUGGGGUUCACCAUUGUUGGCGGAAGCGACAGUCCUAAAGGAAGCAUCGGUAUCUUUACAAAGUCGGUGUUGCCAGGAGGGCAAGCUGCAGAAGAUGGCCGAUUGCGUGCAGGUGACGAGAUUCUGGCAGUAAAUGGCCACGUCUGUCACGACUUAACUCACAGGAAAGCUGUUCAGCUUUUCCGUAAUAUCAAAACCGGACCGGUUGCCUUGCAUCUUUGUAGACGCGUGAAGAACAAGGAAUUACAGGUAACGAAGGCUAAGUCGUGCGCAGAUCUUUUACUCGUCGACGCGUGAUAAAGUACUGUUAUCAGAAGAAUUUUGUAAAAAGAUGACUCCGUAGCCUCUGUAAAAAAUAAAUGCGGGACCUGUA